AUGAGCGACAAGUACCUGCGUGACAACAAGAAGCAGUUCAUCAACAGCAUCGGGACGGAGUUGGCGUGGGGGUGGUCCCCUGCCAUUGACUUCACAGAGAUUUUGGCGCAUCGCGAGCAAAGAGCAGAUUGCCGCGCCGACACUGCUGCUGAGGCGGCAAAAGCGCCGCCUAAGGAGGAAGAAAAGACAAACACAUAUGGAGCAGAAGGCUGUGGCGUCAGUGGCAAUGGUAACGGCAGGGGUAUUGGCGGUGGACCAGACGUCGACGCGAUGAUCGCUGCAAUUCAGGAGCGAGCACGGCAGCGCGGCAAGGAUUCAGGAGAGCAGAACAAAGAGGGGGAUGGCGCCGGGGACGGCAGCAACGUUGUGCGUGUGCUUCUCUGUGGGGCCUGCGACAUUCGUCACAUCUUCCGCACCCUGUCGAGUCUGCGUGUGCGGUCAGCGGCCUCGGGGCAGACGCCAGGCUUCUAUCACUUCUACAUAUACGAGCCCAACCUGCGAGUGCACUGUCGCCACCUCUUCUUCCUACAGUGGCUGCUCGACAGCAUGUUCUCUCUUGACGAGCUGGAGGAGCGUGUGCUGAUGUUUCUCGACGCCUUUGGCAACACCGUGACGCGCGACACGACCGCCGCGCAGAGUCGGAGCGUCGCCCAGCGGCUGCUGCGCGUGUUGCGGAGCGACGACAACGACGGCGGCGAGCUUGCGCGGCUCGUGUCCUUCGCGGAGAUGAAGUUGAAGGAGCGCGACUUUGUGGAGGAGCAGAUCGUGCACUGGGCGCGCGACACCUCGCAGGCAAAGGCGGAGGAGACGUGGUCGCAGCGGUUGCGGCAGGAGAUGGCGGAGCGCUACGACAACCGCGACAACAUUAUCGACUGGGAUUUCAACUUCCACCUCCGCGACUACACAAACCUCAUCAAGUUCGCCGAGUACCGCACGUGGCGCAACACCGGCGUCGCAUUUGAUGCCACACACAUUAACCCGCGCCGCGGUUUCACAUACGAGUACGCUGUGCCGAACAAGUCGCUGUGCCACUUCAACAGCAAGGGGGUUGGGGCGUUCCUUGGAGACAUGAAGAAUGGUCCCUUCUUUGCCCUUGGUGCGCAGACCGCCAACGCUGACAUCCGCGCGCGGUCCGUGGACGGCACGUGCAAGUACGGCAACGGUGUCGUCUCAAUGCACAACGCGCGUGCGUGGCUGUAUGGCCUGCUGACGGCGCAGGAGUGGCCGUGGGGUGACCACGCCUUCGCCUGGGACGACCCGGCAAACUACAACUGCCUGCCGCCCGGGGCCCCAAGCGACGUGACGCACCAUGCCGCCUUCCCGCGCGUCCGCUUUCACUUCGUUGGUCUCGACUUCGCACGGUUCCUGCAGCGCGUGCAAGAGAGGCAGCCCAGGGGUUUUGACGUCGCAUUUGUGGGGACGAGCUGCACACAGUUCAUGGCGCCGGACUUCUUCAACACCGCGAUGACGCGGGAUGCCGUGGUCAUUGCGGAGACGGCAAAAUUUGUCGUGGAUGCAUGCGAUGAAGCCAAGAUCGCGUUUGUCGACAAGAUAAGCGAGUUGGCCAAGGCGGCGGGGUGGGAGCAGAAUAACACCCUCACCGACCUCCUGCACAAAGAUCAGCCAGAACCCCCUAAGGUGGACAGAAGCUCCUCCAACAACAAGGCGCAGAAGAUAUCCUUUGAUCGCUACAUGAUGCCGCACCAAGUCGCGUUGACGCUGCGGCGGGCAAGCGAGAUGUAA